AUGGGGAGCUACACGUUCAGGUGGUGAGUGUUUGCAUCUUUCCCGCUGCCUGCGCGCCCUCUCGACCAAUCCACCAUCCCGAUCACCAUCUCACCCAGCGCGUCAGCCAUCCCCCCGCGGCACAAUCGCAAUUGGUUCGCGCAGGCGCAGCGGAGCAGCUUCUGUCGUUCAGCUGACUGACACGUACGCGCGCAAAGGGAACAUCCUGCCGUCGAGGUCUACGUGACUGGCACCUUUGACAACUGGUCCAAGUCUGUCAAGCUCGACAAGAAGGGCACAGUCUUCGAGAAAGAAGUCCUGCUCCCAGACAUAGGUGAAGCGAUCCUAUACAAGGUACGUCACCCUCGCACGUGGAGUUCAUUCCACGCCCGCACAAGUGUCUUGCCUCGCCUGCCUUCCAUUGAUGUUGCUUCUGACGACGCGCGAGCACAGUUUGUCGCAGACGGCGAGUGGCAGCACGAUCCUACCGCAAGACUAGAGCGAGACGACUCCGGGAACGUGAACAACGUCCUAUACCCCGAAAACAUCGAGAAGCAGAACGCAGUGUCUCAUAUCACCUCAUCGGUUGCGCCUGGCGCGUCUACUACCGCGAUGGCAGGUGCGCAGCCCUUAGAGAGCGAGCGCUCCCCUCCACCUGGUGCCUUCCCCGAGACUCCCGCCGUAGCCUCCGAUUCCAAGAACGACGAGCAGAAGCAUGGCCUGGGUUAUGCUGCGGCAGGUGCCACGGGCGUCGCGGCAGCAGGUGCAGCAGCUCUUGGGCUUUCGUCGGGCAAGAAGGAUGAGAAAGACCAGACGUACUCCGUCAACCCGAUUCCAGCAUCGGCAGGUGCUGGUAACCCGGUCAACCUGGCUCCUGGUGAGAAAGUGCCCUCGCCUUCGACCAUCAACAACAACACUGUUACGUCUACCGUUCACGACGAUCCAUCGUUAAAGAGCAGCACUCCGAAUUCGGCGCAGACUGAGCAGACUUUUGGCGUCGCGCCUAUCCCAGCAUCCGGUGGUACUGGCAAUCCAAUCCACCUCCAGCCUGGCGAGAAGGUACCCGAGCCAUCCACCGUCACGGGCAAUACGCUCACCAGCAACGUCAAAUUGGACAAGGAGUCGUACGAGAAGAGUAGCUCUGGCGCACCACAACUCCCACCCGUCCUCAGUCCACAGAGCGAGAUGGAAUCUGCCGGCGGCGCUGCCAUAUUCGGCGGCCUCGGUCCUCAGACUAGCAAUAUGAUUCCGGAAUCGAGUAUGGCAAUGGGCAAAGAUGCACCAGCUCUUCUAGAAGGCGCAGCCAUAUCUUCCGUGGGCGCAAACAGCACCACUAACCAGCUUGCAGGCCAGGUACCAAAGGAGCCAAGAGGUGUUCCUGAAGUUGUCACCGACAGUCAGAAAGACGCCCAUGUUGGUCCGGAGGCCGCCGCCAAUCCAACGGCCGUCCAGGAGAAGAAGGAAGUGGAGCGCGAGUUGAAGGCCAAGGUGCCAGAGGAGCAGGCUGGCAGCGAGUCCAAGGAUACCUCCAAGAGCGAGAGCAACAGGGGUGUAUAUGACGCAGUCGCUGGCGGCAUUGCAGGUGCAGGAGUGGCAGCAGCAGUAAGUAAAGCACAACUAGGGGACGGUGGAAGAAAUUCCGCUUGAUUUCAGUUCUGUAUUGGAGGCUGACGUUCUACAUAGGGUACCGCUGCAUAUCUCAACGAGAAGGCCAAGGGGAAGACUGGCACAGAUCCAGUCUCCAACCUGCCCGAAUCGAUACAGAAGGCCAUCAAUGAGCAAAAUGCUGCAACCUCCUCGGCCGCGACAAGUGGCCCGGCCGCUGUGACCUCGACGGCAACCGACGCUUCCCGAAAGACUACCACUUCUGUCCCACCCGAGGUAUCCGCUUCUCAGAAGGAGGCGCAUGCUGACCCGGAAGCAGCGGCUAACCCUGAGGCCGUCAAGGUACGUAGAUCAGCGUUGAUGCAGUUGAUUCACCCACGCCACUGGCACUUUGCUCCGCGAGGCACGUACUAAUGGCCGAUUAGGAAAAGAGCCAGGCAGAGCAGGAGUUGCUCAAGAAGCUCCCAGCAUCUGAGGCGAGUGGUGAGCCGGCGCCCACCACUACUGCCGCCACCACGACGACCGCCCCAGCUGCAUCUGGAGCUCCUCAGCUCGCCGACCCAGUUGGCGGUGGCCUAGCACCCAUCUCCAUGGACGAGAAGCCAGCUGGGUCCAAGGGGUUGAAUGCACCCGCGGCUUCUCAAGCCCAGACACCAGCCACCAAGGUCAACGAGCUUGCCAAGAUUGAUGCACAGCAGGACAGCCGCGAUGUCAGCCCAAUGACCAAGCCGAGCACCACGGAGCAGACCCAACCCGCUGUUACCAGCGGGGUCAACUCCAGCACAGCUCCAUCCACCUCGAGGCCGGUAGGCACUCCACGCAACAACGACACGGGAGCCAAGAGCACGCCGCAGAAGCGCAACUCCAUUAUGGACCGCUUCAAGGUAAGAAGACCUGGUUCGCGAAGACACGAAGUAAAAUCACUGACAAGUACUCAGGGCACACCCGAUUCGCAAAAGACACCCGAGACCAGCGGUAGCGGCAAGAAGAAGGGCCUGUUUAGCAGGAUCAAGGACAAGCUGAAGCAGUAG